AUGGAAUUGGAAUUGAUCAAACCAGUUAUAGAAAAAAUUGAAGCAAACUUGUUGAAGCAAAUAGGACAACAGAUUGGCUAUCUGAUUCACCUAAAUAGCAACAUUAGGAAUCUCAAAGAUCAAUUUCAGAAGCUGGAUGAGAAAAGACGCGGUGUGCAAUUAGGAAUUGACGAAGCCAAAAGGAACGUAGAGCUAAUCGCACCUGAGAUUGAGAGUUGGGUAUGUAAGGUAGACAACAUCAUUCCAGGUCUGCAGAGAUUCCUUGAAGAAGAUGUCAAAGCAAAUACAAUGUGCUUAGAUGGAUGGUGUCCCAAUCCAAAGUCACGAUAUUCCUUGAGUAGGAAUGCUAAGAAGAAGACUCUGGAAAUUGAUGGGCUUCUAAGGGAUGCUACCGCAUUUGUUACUAAAGCUUCCUAUUCUCGUCCUCCACUGGGAAUAGGAUCUUUAUCCAUAGAAGGUAUUAUGGAUUUCGAGUCAAGAACAAAAAUAAGGAAAGAAGUCUUAGAGGCACUAAGAGCUGACAAGGACAACAUUAUCGCGAUAUGCGGUAUGGGGGGGAUAGGAAAAACAACAAUGGCAAAAGAGGUAGCGAAAAGAGCAAAAGAUGAUAAGUUAUUUGAUGAAGUUGUAAUGGCAGUGGUGUCCCAGAAUCAAGACUUGAGAAAGAUUCAGGGUCAAAUUGCAGAGAUGCUAGGUUUGAAACUUGUUGAAGAGAAUUCACUUGUAAGAAAAGAAAGAUUAAUAAAAAGACUAAUGGAUGACAAGAGUAUCCUUGUAAUAUUGGAUGAUGUUUGGGACGUACUUGAUCUAGAGGCAGUAGGAAUUCCUUAUGGAGGACAGCAAAAAAGAUGCAAACUUUUGUUGACAUCACGAAGUGAAGAAGCCUGCAUUCAAAUGAAAGCUAAGAUUUUUCCAAUCAAAGUCUUAACUGAAGAAGAAGCGUGGAGUCUUUUGAGAGAUAAGGCAGGUAAUUGUACUGAUACUCCCAAUCUAUGUCCAAUAGCGAAGGAGGUUGCGAAGGAAUGUGGAGGUCUACCUGUUACUAUUAUAACUGUUGGAAGAGCGCUAGAAGACAAAAGCAAGGUAGAGUGGGAUGCUGCUCUUCAACAGCUUAAAAAGUCUAUCCUGAAAAAUAUUCCUGGUCUAGAUUCAAAGGUCUAUUCCAGCAUGGAGCUCAGUUACAAUUAUUUAGGAAGUAAUGAAGCUAAGUCAUGCCUUUUGCUAUGCUGUUUAUUUCCAGAAGAUCAUGAUAUUCCCAUUGAAUAUUUGGUCAGAUAUGGAGUGGGACAAAGGUUGUUUAAAAGGAUUGAUAAUGUGGCAGAAGCAAGAAAUAUAGUUCAUGCAAUCGUUAAAAAUCUUAAAAGAUCGUCUCUACUGUUGGAUAGUGAGAAGGUAGAAUGUGUCAAAAUGCAUGAUGUUGUAAGGGAUUUUGCCAUAUCAAAGGCAGAUGAACUUGGUUUUCUGAUGUUCCCAACCAAUCUUUUUAAAGGGAUGAAGGAACUGAAGGUAUUGUCUAUGCAAGGUAUGUCCUUUCUAUCACUACCACAAUCAAUCCGGGUUCUUGAGAACCUUCGGACAUUGCAUUUAGAUUAUUGUAAGUUCGAAGAUGUAUCUGCAAUUGGAGCACUUAAGAAACUAGAAAUGCUUAGCUUUUUUGGUUCUAGAAUCAGGGAGUUGCCGAGAGAAACCAAAAAUCUAAGUCAUUUAAAGUUGCUAGAUCUGUCAAAAUGCUUCGAUCUUCAACGAAUUCCACCUGGUCUCCUAUCAAGUUUAUCUCGACUAGAAGAGUUGUAUAUGGGAGAAGUUCUAAGAGUUCGUCAUAGUAAGGAUGUAGAAUAUGUAAUUGAUACCACAUCAGAUCAGACUCCACAAUCUGCGUUCCCUAUCUUGGAGUCACUAGAACUGUCUUAUUUGGUUGAAUUAAAAGAAAUAUGUCAUGGGCUAUCAAAAUGCAGCAGUUUGAAAAAUGUCAGAUCAGACUCACAGCUUGCUUUUUUUGUCAACCUCAAAUCUCUUUGGCUAUCAAAAUGCAGCCGUUUGAAAAAUGUCUUUUCAUUGUCCAUAGCGAGAGGUUUGGUUAAACUCCAAGAGUUAGAAAUAGAACGGUGUGAUUACAUGGAAGAAAUUUUCCUCAAGGAAGGAGAAGAAGACGAAAUGGCAUUUGAUAGGAUCAAGUUUCCACAAUUAACAUCAAUACGCAUAUCCUGUCUACCAAAACUCAUUGGUUUUUGUACAGCUGGGGAUCCUGCAUUUAACAUUUCUCAUAAAUUGUUUUCAUCUAAGACAAUCCUGUGGUUACUGAAUUUAGAAAAUCUUAAAUUAAAUGAGGCUAAUUCACUAAGAGUGAUAUUUGAUCUUGGAGGACUAAAGGUCGACCAUGACUACCAAAGAAUGGCAGUACUUGCUCAAUUGAAAACUUUAGGCUUACGGAGUUUAUCUAAGUUGACAGAAGUGUGGAACAAUGUUCCACGAGGUGUUCAGGGUUUUCAAAACCUAAAAUCUAUUAUAGUAAAUAGAUGUCACCGUCUAAGUUACUUAUUCCCAUCUUCUGUUGCAAAACUACUUGUGGAACUUCAAAGCAUUACGGUAGAUAAGUGUGAUGCAAUUGAAAACACUGUUCAAAGAGAUGGAGAGGAAGAUGAAGCAGAUAUCAGUGUGUUCCAUAAAGUUACUUCCAUUGACUUAAUAGGACUGCCAAGUCUAGUGAGUCUUUCUGCUGGAGCUUAUUCUUUUGCAUGGUUAUCCAUGAAGAAGAUCGAUAUGAAAAGUUGUCCUAAAUUGAAAACAUUUGGUUCGGAAAUCUGGAGCCCAAGAAAGCAGAAGAAAACCAAUAGGGAUCGAAGCACCACCAAAAAAUCCCAAGGGAGCACCUCAGUGAACAAAGAGGGUCCAGAAGGGAUUUCAGGUUUUGGAAACUUGAGAUUGUUAGUAGUAUGGGGAUGUAACAGUCUGACAUAUUUGUUCUCACCAUCCAUAGCAAAAUUGCUUGUGAUGUUAGAGGAAAUACAAGUUACUAAAUGUGAAAAAAUUGAAGAAAUCCUUAUAAGAGCUACAGAAGAAGAAAAAGAAGAAAAAAAUUUGUUCCACAAAGUGAACUCAAUAUUGCUUAGGGACUUACCAAAUCUGAAGUGCUUUUGCAAUGAAGCCAUUGCUUUUGAGUGGCCAUCCCUAAAGAAAAUGAUGGUAAUUAGAUGUCCCAAUUUAAGGACGUUUGUUCCGUCCAAUCUAAAGACACCUGAGCUGGAAGGAGUAUAUGAAGACAUUGAAUUCAAAAUAAGUCAGUGGAAGGGAGACCUUAAUGCCACCAUAGAGCACAUAUUCAAAGGAAAGGGAAAACAGAGAAUUGGAAAGAAGAAAGGAAAGAAAUGGAAAGAGCUUGGUGGUGCCAAUCAGACAACAGCUUGGUUGUAG